AUGCCUAACAAUUUAUGUUUUUGUCUUAUCUUGGCCUGCCCAUUCGUUGAAGCUCCGCCACUGGUGUGGAGUAGCUUUCAUCUCGUCAACCCAACUCCAAGUGCUGCAUACACCACAAAAACUACAUGGGCAGCCGCCCACACGCAUAAUCCUAUUACACUUGCAAAACUUUCAAGUAGUUCAAGUUUCAAAACGAAUGCGGCUACCGUUGGAUUCUCUCUUGCGCCACUUGUGAACGUGAGGCUGAUAACCGGGCACGCCGUCGCCGCCAAAGCGACGGGCUCAAACUCAGCCGCUCACGUCCACCCGUGCGCCGCCGAAUGCCGAACACAAAACCCCACCCACCCACGCACGCACCGCGCCGGCGUCGGCAUCGGCAUCGGCAUGAGGAGCUCGGCGGACGACGUGGACAUCGAGCUGGUCAAGGCGGUGGCGCAGGCGUGGUACGCGCACGCGGGCAACCCGCGGCCGUCCCGCGCGCCGGCGGACGACGACGGUGCCGCCGGUCUGGGCGCGCGCCGCGCGGGCGCCCCGCGCUACAGGCCGUCGCGGUUCAAGCUGUAGGCCGCGGCGGCGGCGGCCAAGCCGCCAAACAGCAGGCCGUGGGACUUCACGCAGUCGCUGUGGGACACCUACGAGCUGGUCACCGUGGCGCAGAAGAUCGAGUCCAGCCUCGCCAUCGUGGACGAGGCCACGGCCAGGCCAGCAAGGCGUGCCUUCACCGACAAAGACACCACGCGCGCCGGAGGAGGGAAGCGGGCGAGGGAGAGCAGGCGUAGCCUCAGGAGCCUGUUCCGCCGGUCCUCGUCCAGGAGGUUCGAGGAAUCAAGCAGCUAGCUAGCUAGUGUUCUCCUCUCUACCUUCAUGUUUCUCUCUCUAGUCCUUCCUUGCCUGAAAGACUUGGGCAGCGUCUAUAUGCAACUUAUUACAGAGCUUUCUGUAUUGCCAA